CAAAAAUUCAACUAUUCGCGCCAAAAGUUAUCACUUUUGAUUCAGCCAAUCAUCUUAGCGAAUGAAUUGAAGGAAAAAUGGACGCGCUAACGUUAGGUUCGCACAGGCUAGUUCAUCUUGAUCUGAAGGGUGCUCCGCCGCGAACAUGUUACUUUGAAAAGCUUUUUCCUCUCUUAAGAACAUGGGGAGCUACUGGCUUAUUGUUGGAAUGGGAAGAUACAUUUCCUUACAAUCGAGAACUCUCGCCCAUAGGAAGCAAUGGGCCGAGCAGCCUUGUCAGUGGAUACACAGUCCAGGAAGCUAGGCAUAUUCUACAGAUAGCAGGUGAUUGUGGCUUGGCAGUCAUUCCAUUGGUACAAACUUUUGGGCAUAUGGAGUUUGUUUUAAAACACGAUGAAUGGAGAUUAUUGCGAGAAGUAGAACCUUUCCCAAGUUCUAUUUGUCCAUCAAAUCCAAGGACACUUCCAACAGUAAAGUCCUUGAUACGUCAGAUUGUUAGUUUUCAUCCAGAUAUACAAUAUCUGCAUAUAGGUUGCGACGAAGUAUGGCAUUUAGGCCUUUGCUCAGUCUGUACCAAACGAGCUGCAGCCAGCAAAUAUGGCAAAUAUUCUCUGUAUAUGGAGCACAUUCUGGCAAUAGCCCAAUAUAUACAGGAAACUUAUCCAUACUUAAAGAUCAUUAUUUGGGAUGAUAUGUUAAGAUCAAUAGAUUUACAGGUUUUGAACGAACAUUACAUUGGCAAAUAUGUGGAGCCUAUGGUGUGGCAUUAUAAUCCCAGAGACAAUUUCGCAUUACCUCAUGAUUUGUGGGAUAAGUAUAGCGCAGUGUUUCCUAAUAUUUGGGCAGCUACUGCAUUCAAAGGCGCUACUGGUUCUGCACAACAUGUACCCAUAAUUCGACAUCAUAUAAGCAAUCAUGAAAAGUGGCUAGAGGAGCUCGGAAUUCAUGUAAAUAAAGUGCACGAGUUUCGAGGUACAGCAUUCACUGGUUGGUCGAGAUAUGAUCACUAUGCCACGAUGUGUGAACUGCUGCCUACAGCGAUACCGUCACUAGCUUUGUGUUUGAAAGUUUGGCUAAAUGGUUAUUCAGAGCAAACACAUACACAGGUUGCAAAGAGUUUGGGAUAUAUUGAUUAUCCAUUGCAUAUAACACCACAGCCUAGACCAAUGCCAAUACCCAAUAAUCUGCUUUUUCCGGGGUGGCAAGUGGCUGUAGGUAUGGAAUGGUUCCUCAAUUUCAAGACAAAGUUUCAUAAUAUCGUCGCCAACGAUCAAAUUAUGACAUGGAUGAAUCCGUGGCAAGUGGCGAAUAAUUAUACAAAUCCUAUGCAAUUGGAGAACUUGGUACCUGCUUUUACAGAAUUAUUAUUGGAAUUAUCUUCCUUGGAGGGCUAUUUGCGAGUUCAAAUGGAAGCAAUUUUUUUCUCAUCAAUGAUUGAGGAAUGGAUUGGUACCAAUAUUCAGCCGAUGAAGAGAAAAUUAACGAAGCUGAAACAAACCACAGAGAAUCAGCUGAAGCAAAGUAGUCGUAUGUAGUGCUUUUUAUUUGAUAAAUUGGCGAUCGAAUACUGAGUGUAUAAAAA